AUGAUUGUAAAAAAUGGGUAUAAACAAAUAAUAGAAUUUCUUAUUUUAUAUAUAACUAUUUUUAUUCCCAGAAUCGAACCAUAUAUAAAUAACAGACAGAAUACAAAUCAUAUAUAUAAUAAAGAAAUAACACAACAAUGCAACUUUAAUAACAAUUAUAAUAGAAAAAUAUUAAAUAAAAAACAUUUAUUUGUAGAAAAAAUAAACUCAGUUUCAUCAAAUUUGAAUAAAAAUAAUAAUAUACAACAAGAAAAAGAAAAUAAUGCAAUUCCAAAUAAAAAAUUAAAAAAAAAAGAUAAAAAAAUAUUUAAAAAAUAUAAAGAUCUUUUAGAUAUUAUACCAAAUAAAACUACCGAAUAUGAUAUGAUUGAUGCUUUAGAAAAAAUUAAAGCAUUAGCUGUUCAUAAAUUUGUUGAAAGCAUAGAUAUAUAUUUAUCUUUUAAUCCGAAAAAAUCGAAAAUGACAAAAAAUGAUAAUAUAAAAACAUUUAUAACAUUUCCUCAUAAUUUAAAGAAAAAAAGAGAAAAAAAAGUAUAUGUAGUAACGAAUAAUAACCUUUAUAAAACAGCAAUCAAUGCAGGAGCGGAUAUUGUUGGAGAAGAUGAUUUGAUAAAUAAGAUAAAAGAAAAAGAAAUAAAGUUGCAAAAAAAAAAUAAUAAUUUUUUAUUAUGUACAAAUGAUGUAAUACAUAAAUUAACUCGGAUUGGUAAAGAAAUAGGAAGUAAAGGUUUAAUGCCAAAUGAGAGAUCUGGAACAUUAGUUACUGAAUUUUUAUUAUCCAAACAUAUAAAAUUAUUUAAAUUUGAAAAUACAUAUAUCUUUAAAUUAAAUAAAUUAAAUACAUUAAAUUUAAAUGUUGGUGAUGUUUAUAUGUCUAUUGAUCAAAUAAAAGAAAAUAUACUACAUUUGUUUGACCAUUUAGAUAAUUUAGAAUUUUUCCAUUUUAAUGUAAAAAAUUUAAAAUCUAUGUAUUUAAGUAGUACUAUGGGUUUUCCCUUUAAAAUUAAAAAAUCAAAUCUGUAA